CAUAAAUCCGGCCUUUCCUCGCCUCCGUGUUUGGCUCCGACAACCCAUCAAUCAAUCAACAAUUAAUCUAGUAUCAACAUGCCGGGUCCUCCACAGCCUGAGUGGCGUCGAACGACCACUACACACCCUCAGCAUCCCCCGCAGCCAUCAUGGCAGGCAUCCUCCCCGCCGCCGCCCCCUCGUCCUCCUCGCCCGCCGUCGGCGCCCCUAUACGAUCCCAAUCUUUACGGCCAGAUUUCGACCCCUCCACCGGCUGCUAAUGUGAGCGCAAAUGUCUCUCCGUCGCCUGGCUUGGCGGCGGCCGACACCACCGCCUGGGGAGUCAAGUAUAAUAGGCACCAACUUCUUGCGCAGACCCCUCCACCACCACCACUGCCGCCUCGACCAUCAAGUACGACCCACUCCCCACAGGCGCAGUCUCCAAUUGUGAGUCCGUUGGAUCCCAGCUUUGCGACCCAGCCUGCGCCAGAUGCCUCCUACCAGCAGUGGCCACAAAACGCUCUCUAUGCACCCCAGCAGCCGGUCACCUAUUUACCGCCACAGGCCCCACCACCUCUACCUGUCCCUUCUGGCUAUCAGGACGCGAGUCUACAGCAGAGCAGCUCAUGGCAGCAGUCGCCUCCCCCCUACUCAAGCGUUCCUCUCACCCAAUAUCAUGGCGCCCCGGCUCAGCAGGCGGCAACUCUUAGCAACCCAAACGUCGCAGGGUACCCAACACCAAGUUCGGGAAUUCCUCAAGCCCCGAGCCCCCAACAGGCCAUCCCUGUACCCUACCAAGAGCAGCAGCGAUUACCGCACCCUCCACAGGUCUCCGUGGCACCAGCUGCAGGUUCAGAGGAUGGAUCCUUCCCAACCGUUGCGCCUCCCGUGCCUCCCAAGACCAAUCCCAGCUUUGCUCCGACGAAUGCUUCCGCCCUAGGAUUUGGCGGUCCCUCCGACUGGGAAUACCUAUCCUCUAGUCCAGGAAUUAUCGAUGAUAUGGAGGCUUUCGGUGCCAAACGCCAAGAUUCCCCGCCCCUAAAUCCAUCCGCUGGUAUUUCUCCAGACCACCCGGUAACUGCAGUUGGACCUACCGCGAGUGGACCAUGUAUCAGUCCUGUGUCACCUCCAACGGAGACCCCUGUGAUACAAACCGCCCACGCAGAUGAACAAAUUCAGCGUGGAGGCCCCAUUAGUAGUCCAAGCACAGCGCUGAAUGACCGGAACCCACCUCCCCCAAUCAAAGUGCAGAGUGAAUCCGCUCAUAGUCCCGUCUCUAUUGACGAGAGUUCCGAGAGCAUUGACGGCAUAAUUGAUGCUUGGAAUCGGCCAAUCCCUGCGGAUUCUGAAGCUGGGCAAGCUUAUCAAGGCUCAACACCCCACCCCGAGGUACCCUCUCCGUCGCAGAAGCUUAGCCCCAUUGAUAUCCCCAAGCAAGAGUCCACAUUACCAAGGAAGCAGGUGCAGUCCAAGCCAAGGUCUGCAGGGCCAGAUAGCGCAACCAGUGAAGCUACUACCGAGAAACGGGCAAUUCUUCCAGCGUUUGUACCACUCGAUCCGUAUGAUGAUCUGGAUCCGUGGUCCAAAUCCUCGCUGGAACGCUAUGUUGCCAUGCUACGAAAAGAGGCAGUGGCAGAUUCCGAUAAGGAACGAUUCGGGAUAUUCACAGCGUUUAUGGCCAAGGAGACAAAACUUCGCGAGAUCCUGUAUAGCGUUGAGUCUAGCCCGACACCUGUGGACGAAGCUAUCCAAGAUGUGCAACCAACGCCCUCUCCGCAGGAAUCAACUUAUAGUUCUGAUAUAAACGCUCCUCCGGUUGAAUCAGGGCUGAUACCGGUUGAAUCCGAGGAUGACUAUUUUGCAUCUACGAGCAUACAUGAUGGCCCCGAGGACGGAAGUUAUAGUCCUGGGGGUCGCCCAGUUCUUCCCAGGUUACACACUCCUGGUGCAGUGGAUAUAAAAAGGUCGGCGUCACAUAAAAUGGGCCAUAGACAUGACACGGGACACGCCGCUGCCUCGUCAUCACGCUCGAGCUCGGUGCCACCCUCUAUGAUGAACGACGUGGAACGUCAACCCGAUCUACCCCCUUUGACCACCAAUCCUCCGCAGCCAAUCUAUAUACCGUUUCGCUAUGCAGAAGGUCCUCAGCGAGGCUCUGAUGAGCUUGUGUUCGACCGCCCUGCAUACCAAGCCUACUCAGACCUGCGACAGGCAUCUGCCGAAAGUGGGCGGGUGAUGUCAAACGCCCCCACUUCGACAUCUCACAAUCUAUCGACUUCCGUAAUGAAUUUGAAUCAUAACAAGCCUGACGAAACGUUUAUCGGUCUUAUCCGGGAGAAAAGCGUUGCCUACCGGAAAAAGGCGCCCCGGAGAACAUCCUCUCCACCCCCACUACCGGCUUCUCUCAGACAAGGCAAACCAACUGGCCCAGUUGAAGAUCUGCGUGCAAUGGUUUCAUCACCAGCCGCCAGGCAUUCGGAAAGCCAGUGGCAUGUGACCACUAGAAAGGAGCUUGAGAUUUUUACCGGCGAUUUCACUUACAUCCGGGAAGCGGGAAAGUCCUGGGAACUUUCAAGCAAAUCUCGCAAAGAGGAAUUGGACAAGGAGCGAGUCCGACGCCAGGAGAAGUCAGAGAAUCGCGUUGAUACCCUUUUCAAUGGAAAGGAGAUUGGCUAUGCCGAUAUUAAUGUCCUGGAGGAAGAGUUUCGCCAGAAGGAGGCUCGCGCCCAGUUAGAGGAAGAAAGGCAAGAACUGGAUAACUUCAUCGCAAAUGUUUUCGAACCCUUGGAUCGGCGCUUGAAAGAAGAAGUCUCCACGCUCCAGACACAUUAUGAAUCUGCUCUUACUCAACUUGACCACGACAACAGCAAGAUCAAGAGUGCCACCACGGACAAGUACAACUUGUCGGACACGAUGAAGUUAGUGAAUGAGAUAUAUCGCAAGCUCGAGAUGCGUUAUCAGAAGCGCCUCGAAAUUGCCCUGGAUCGCGAGCGUCGGCGGAAGAAGGCCGAAAGACGACCCCUUGUGUUCAUGGGCGACUCUCUAGCCCUUAAACAAGUGGACAAAGACUUUGAUCAGAUGGAGCGACGAAACAUCCUUGAAGCAGCCAGGGAACGGGAUGAGAGAGCCAAUAGACUGAUGGACUCAUUCGACGAUGCCAUUAUGCAUGGUCUCGGAGAGAACCAGAGUCUUCUUGACGAAGUUGCCGCAAAGGUAGCGAAGAUCGAUGCAGCCAACAGCUCAUCCGCGUUGCCAGAUUCCGAAGCCGAACCGCUGCUGAAGUCGGUUUACAAUCUGGUCGAAUCUCUGCGCCGAGACUCCGAGUCCAUCCUGCAUAGUUUCGGUGUCGCCGAUUCGGUCCUCAACGACGCUGAUUACAGCGUUUCUGUUGCCGAGGCACGCUACUCAGAGGCCGACCCUGAUGUUUUCCGCCGGCUCGAUGACGAGAAGAAGAAGGAAGACGACAAGAUCCAAACCGACCUGAAGUCGAAGCUAGAUAGCGUCAGAAAUGGGCCAGCCAAGAUCACCGCUAGCAUAAAUGGAAUCCUCGAAUCCCUUGGGAAAUCCCCGAUCGCCAUCACAGAGGAGCCGGAUUCGACAACAGAAACGCCCAGCCGUCUACCUGUCGACGUACUCUCACCAACCACCCAACCUCCCGCUGCCAGCUCUCCGUCACGGAAGCCCGGGGAGGACCCAGAGCACCACCAGCGGCUUCGCAAAGCAUUGGACGAUGCAAAAAAGAGAAAUGCCGCGAGGAAGAACGCUUAAGCGAGAAGUUUGGGGUUUGUAAUUGUUGACUGGCAUGGAUUGACCCGCCAGGUUGUAUGUCUUGUCUCGUUUUUGCUAUAUAGUUAGACUCAUCACGACGUGACGAAUCCCUCCAAUGAUGCUUUCACUGUCUGUAUUUUCUAUUCUUUUCUUGUGGCUUUCUGAAAGAAGAGUGGCUUUUCCAGGUAUCAUUGUAGGCUACCUUCACAACAGAGUAAGUGCUAGCUAGUCACAUCACGGGUC